AUGAAGGAAAGCAGUGAUGGAUUUGUUAGAGCGGAUCAGAUUGAUCUGAAAAGCAUAGAUGAACAGCUUGAGAGACAUCUCAACAAAGUGUUGACUAUUGACAAGAAAAAGCGCGUUGAAGUUGAAGAUUCUACUGCUUCUAAUGUUUUUGAUCAUGCUCGAGUUCAUACCAGCAGCGCUGGUAAUUCUCCUGUCAAGUUCAAAACCAACUUCAAGAAGCAGAAGCAGGAUUGGGAAAUUGAUCCUUCUAAGCUUAUUAUCAAAAGUGUUAUUGCUCGGGGUACUUUUGGGACUGUUCAUCGUGGUGUCUAUGAUACUCAAGAUGUUGCUGUUAAACUGCUUGAUUGGGGUGAAGAAGGCCAAAGGACAGAAGCUGAAGUUUCUUCACUGAGGGCAGCGUUUAUACAGGAAGUUGCUGUUUGGCAUAAACUUGAUCAUCCCAAUGUCACAAAGUUUAUAGGGGCAACAAUGGGAUCUGCAGAAUUGCAGAUACAAACUGAUACUGGUCUAAUUGGCAUGCCCAGCAAUGUCUGCUGUGUUGUCGUGGAGUAUCUUGCUGGAGGUACUCUGAAAUCAUACCUGAUAAAAAACAGGAGGAGGAAAUUAGCUUUUAAAGUUGUCAUUCAGCUGGCACUUGAUUUAGCAAGAGGGCUGAGUUAUCUUCACUCUCAGAAGAUUGUCCACAGAGACGUGAAGACAGAAAACAUGCUUCUGGAUAAGACUCGCACAGUGAAAAUUGCUGAUUUUGGUGUUGCACGAGUCGAGGCAUCAAAUCCUAAUGAUAUGACUGGGGAGACUGGAACUCUUGGUUAUAUGGCUCCUGAGGUUUUAAAUGGAAACCCCUACAAUAGGAAAUGUGACGUGUACAGUUUUGGAAUCUGUUUAUGGGAGACAUAUUGUUGUGACAUGCCAUAUCCCGAUCUAAGUUUCUCAGAAAUUACUUCAGCUGUUGUCCGCCAGAAUUUGAGACCAGAAAUGCCAAGAUGCUGUCCAAGUUCUCUUGCAAAUGUAAUGAGGAAAUGCUGGGAUGCCAGUCCUGAUAAGCGGCCAGAGAUGGAGGAGGUUGUCUCCAUGCUGGAGGCCAUCGACACAUCCAAAGGUGGAGGCAUGAUCCCUGGUGAUCAGCAGCAGGGUUGUUUAUGCUUCCGCAAACAUAGAGGGCCAUGA